AUUGCAUUAUUUUUUCUUACAAAUUCGAAUAAAAAUUCAUAAAUAUCGGCGAAAGUAAUUUGUAAAUUUUCAUUUAAAGAUAUUUUAAUAAAUUCAUUUUAUCCUUUCGAGUGAUUACUCCAACCAAGAAGUGCUGAGAAGUUUUCCUAAAUUAAAAAAAAAAUUGUGGAAUUAUUUAAAAAUUCUUUGAAGGACUUUUGCUAAAAUGAAAGGAAGAGAAAAUAUUUCUAAAGAAAAAUUAACGAAUAGUGGAUUUUUCGACUUGUUUCGUUUUGCAACAGGAACUGAAAAAUGCAUCACAGCUGUGAUCCUCGUAAUUGUCUUUAUCGUCUCAUCGGGCUUCCCAAUAUCUGCGAUCGUUUAUUCUGAGACAAUAUCCGUGCUCAUUAAUCGCCAUGACUUUGACAAUACAGAUCUUGAUUUUUUGCUACUUCCACUACUUGGUGGUGGAAAAAAAGCUAACAAUGCAACACCGGAGGAGCGGCAUGAAGCCAUGCGGGAGGAUGCAAUGGCCGGUUUCCUCAUCAGUACGAUCAUCAUGGCAAUUUUAGUUGUAAUCAUUACAUUUGCAAUCUACAUGAUGAACACAAUCGCCCUGAAGCAGACAAUGCGCAUUCGCCGUAUAUUUCUGUUCUCUGUCCUCAGCAAGGAGAUGUCGUGGUAUGAUUCCAAAAAUUCUCUGGAUUUUGCAAGCAAAAUAACGCACAAUCUUGAUCUACUGAAGGAUGCCAUUGGUGAGAAACUCGUGACCACAGUAAUCCUUCUAGGGGGAUUUUUCUUCAGUAUCCUUGUAUGUUUCUUACACGGCUGGAAGCUAACCUUGGUUAUUGGUGGCGUAUACACUGUCCUCAUUAUUGUCUGCUCAAUUAUUGUGGGAAAAUCUGAAAGUCGCCUCACGAAGAGAGAAAUUGCCAGCUAUUCCGUGGCCGGUACAAUCGCCGAAGAGGUGUUCAACGCCAUCCGCACCGUUGUGGCCUUUGGCGGGGAAGACAAAGAAUGCCAGCGGUAUGCAGAGAGUCUCAAGAGUGCCGAAAAAUCCGGCGUGAAGAAGAGCUUCUACUCCGGUUUCCAGAGUGGCAUCAUGUGGUUCCUUGUCUUCGGGGGCUUUGGCGUUGCCUUCUACUACGGCAUACAUCUUAUGGUCCUCGAUCUGGAUUUACCCCUUCUGGAAAGAGUUUAUGAUGUAGCAUCAGUCCUUAUAAUUGUCCAUUGUCUCGUCAAUGGGUCCCAAUUUGUCACAUUUACCAUCCCCAGCGUGGAAAUCAUUAUUUCAGCCAUGGGAAUAACAUCUUUCAUUUAUGAUGUGAUAAAUCAGCGAUCUCUCAUUGAUCCUUUUAGCUCAUGUGGCAAGAAGCUCGAUCAAUUCACGGGGAAUAUUGAAUUUAAAAAUGUUCGUUUCCAUUAUCCUUCCCGGAGUGAUGUGAAGAUCCUCAAAGGGGUCAAUUUUGUUGUGAAAAAAGGACAGACAAUUGGGCUCGUUGGAAGCUCAGGAUCUGGUAAAUCCACGUGUCUUCAGCUCAUCCAGAGGCUCUACGAUCCAUGUGAGGGCGAUGUUCUUGUGGAUGGUGUAAAUAUUAAACAUCUCAACAUUGCCUACCUUCGGUCCCAGAUUGGCGUCGUUGGUCAGGAGCCAGUCCUCUUCUCAACCACAAUUGCGGAGAAUAUUCGUUUUGGGAAUCCUGAAGCAACACAGGAAGACAUUGAAAAAGCAGCAAAAAUUGCCAAUUGCCACAGUUUUAUUGAAAAGCUUCCGGAGAAGUAUGACACGGUACUGGGAGAGAACGGAGCUCAACUGUCUGGUGGGCAAAAGCAGAGAAUUGCCAUUGCAAGAGCCAUUGUGAGGAAUCCCAAAAUCCUUCUUCUUGAUGAAGCCACAUCCGCUCUGGACACUGAAUCUGAGAGGGUGGUACAGAAAGCUCUUGAUAAAGCAUCUGAGGGGCGAACAACACUCACUGUCUCCCAUAGGCUGUCAACUCUUCGAAAUGCAGACUAUAUAAUUGUUUUCCUGCAAGGAGAAAUUGUUGAACAUGGAACCCAGGAAGAUCUCAUGAAGCUACAAGGACAUUUCUAUAAUCUCCACAUGGCUAAUCAAGGCAGAGAAGACGAAGAGAUUGUCAAAGGAGAUUCCACAGUGGGUGAAAUAAGGAAAUUGUCACUAAAAGAAGAUGAAUCUGCUGAUGAUGAUUAUCAAAGAGAACGGGGGUUGUCGCUGAAGCCGAGCCGGAAGAAGGCUAAAAAGGGCACAAUUAGACGUAUUAUGAGAUUGAGUUUUAGAGAAUGGCACCUCAUGCUUUUCGGAUGCCUCUGCUCAAUCGUGGUUGGAUCUUCAUUCCCCAUUAGUGGAAUUUUGUACGGAAUGUACUUUGAGGCUUUUGAUGUAUCCAGCGAGUCUGACAAAGAUAAAAUCUACAACGUUGCCUUAAAUGCUACCAUCUAUUCAAUAAUUCUUGCAGCUGCCGCCGGUCUUGCAGCUCUCUUUGAAGCAUUCUCCUUUGGAACGGCUGGAGUACGUCUCACAUCGUUGCUGCGGAAGUGGUCUUUCAGCACAGUCAUCAGACAGGAAAUGUCGUGGUUUGAUGAUCCAAAGAAUUCCGUUGGAGCUCUUUCAGCACGCCUCUCGACGGAUUGUGCAAAUGUUCAGGGAGCAACUGGAAGUCGUUUAGCUGGUAUUCUUCAGGCUACUUCAUCCGUACUAAUUGGCUUGCUAAUUGGACUUAUUGCUUCGUGGAAAUUGGCUCUUUUGGUGGCCCUGACAAUCCCCCUUCUGCUUGCAGUGGCUGUUUUCGAUUCUCAAUAUUCCAAGUCCAGUGCUGCCAAAGAGAAGGUUGCAAUGGAGAAAGCUUCCAGCAUAGCUGUUGAGGCAAUUUCAAACAUUAGAACAGUGGCCAGUCUGGGUAGGGAAAAUGAAGUUCUAAAAAAAUUCAUUGAGAGUAUUGACGUAGCUGCAGAAUUAGCCACAAAGAGCACCAAAUUCCGAGGAUUGGCGUACAGUUUGAAUCUCACAAUGAAUAUCUUUACUUACGGAAUUGCUUUACUGGCUGGAGGAUAUCUCAUGGCUGAAGGGCAGAUGCAUUACGUCGAAAUGAUCACGGUAAUUGGAUCAAUGUUGUAUGGAGCGUGGAUGAUGGGCAUCGUGUUGCUUUAUGCGCCUAAUGUAAGCAUGGCUAUUUCAUCAGCUGAAAGUAUUCUCAAUCUUCUGGAUAGACUGCCUAAAAUUAGGAAUCCACAGGAGCCAAAAGAUGUAGAUAAUGUAACGGGAAAAGUCUCCUUGAAGAAGGUGAAAUUCCGAUACCCGAAUAGACCAGAAACGCAAAUUCUUAGAGGACUGAGCUUGCAAAUUAAUCAGGGGAAGACAGUAGCUCUUGUGGGACCAUCAGGAUGUGGGAAGUCCACGUGCAUGCAGCUUCUUCUUCGCUAUUACGAUCCUGAUGAGGGAAAGGUGGAAGUUGAUGGCGUAUCGACGCAGGACUUUGCUCUGGGACGUCUUCGUUCGCAUGUGGGUCUCGUGUCGCAGGAGCCCGUCCUGUUUGAUCGAACCAUCGCUGAGAACAUCGCCUACGGAGAUAAUUCACGAGAUGUUCCCAUCGAGGAGAUCAUCGAAGCUGCCAAAGAGGCUCGAAUUCAUUCGGAAUUCGUCACAAAGCUACCACUCGGCUAUGACACUCCUCUGGGAUCGAGAGGGACGCAAUUGUCGGGUGGACAGAAGCAGAGGAUUGCGAUUGCGCGGGCUUUGGUGAGGAAGCCAAAGAUCCUUCUUCUGGACGAGGCCACAUCCGCCCUGGACACGGAGAGUGAGAAGACGGUGCAAAUGGCCCUUGAGAAAGCCAGCGAAAACCGCACAUGCAUCGUAAUUGCUCACAGGUUGUCCUCCAUUCGCAAUGCUGAUCUCAUUUGUGUCAUCGAUCGCGGGCAGAUCGCUGAAAUGGGAACACAUGAAGAACUCCUCAACAGCGAUGGGCUCUACACAAAGCUCUACCAGGCAUCUCUAUGAUGCAGCAUACGAGAGAUGUUUUGAUAAUUUAGAAAUACUUAAAUUCUUCUGAAGAAAUAUUUGCAAAACGAACUAAAUUUGUUAUGAGAAGUCGUUAAAUAUUCAACCAUUUUUAGUAACAAAAAAUGUUUUUUUUUGGCAAAAUUCGAAGAAAAAAUACUUCAAAGUGAAUUUAUCUCAAUUAUUCUGCCAAAUAAGAUGUACCAAAAUAAAUGACCACAUUCUGUAA